UUGAAGAACAAAAUUUAUUCAGAUCAUCAUAAAUCAGCAUACUGUAUUCACUAUAAUGAAGAGCUUCAGUGUUGCAGUUGCUGUGGCAAUCGUGCUCACAUUCAUCUGUCUGCAGGAGUGCUCUGCUGUACCAAUCACUGAGGACCAGCAGCUGAUUGACUCAGUGAAUCCUCCUGACGCUCCAGUUGGUGAAUAUCCGGUGUUUCCAGCAGAUUCAUGGAAGAUGCCAUAUUACUUCAGACAGAGGAACGACCCUCGCCGGUGUCGUUUCUGCUGUAACUGCUGCCCUGGGAUGAGCGGCUGCGGUGUUUGCUGCAGAUUCUGAGCAGGACCACAACAACCUGGAGUUUUCAAAUUUCAAAUUUUAUUUUAUUUCUUGCUACCUUUUAAAACUAGCCAUCAUUCAAUGGGUAGAAAAAUCUGAAUCUGUUGAUCAUGUUGCAUGUUCUGUCUAUUUCAUUCAAACUCUUUGCUAAACAUCUACAGACACUCCAGUGUACGACCAUGGCUGUAUUCUCUUUGAUUUGCUUUAAAUAAAUAUUUCAAUGUUUAAUAAA